AUGAGACGCGUGCUCCUGCUCGUGCUGCUCGCGGAUGCUGCCGCCUUCAAGUUCCUGACCGACUUCGGGCCGGCAAAGCUGAUCCCGCGGCCGAGCGCCAUGCUCAAGCGCCGUCGCGCGACCAAGAAGUUUGGCGACAAGAAGCUGGCGGUCAUCACGGGCGCCUCGUCGGGCGCGGGGCUCGAGGCUGCGGCGAACCUGCUCCGCACGGGGGAAUACCACGUGUUCGGCGCGGUGCGCGAUCUGGACAAGAUGCGCGACGCCGCGCUCGACCGCGACUUCCCCGCCGACGACUUUACGCCCCUGCAAGUCGAGCUCGGCUCGUUUGCGUCUGUGCGCGCCUUUUGCAAGGAGCUGGAGAGGUCCAAGCUCAACCGGCCGAUUGACCGGCUGAUCUGCAACGCGGCCGUGUACCAGCCGGGCGAGGCGCCCGCGUGGUCGGCCGACGGACACGAGAUGACGCUGCAGGCAGCGCACGACGUGCGCUGCUCCAAGUCGGGCCACUGGGCGUGGAAAGAGGGCGACGCCGCGGCGGAGGCGGCGGCGGCGGCGGUGGCGAUCACCGGAGGCGACGCCGGCGCCGACCGCGCGCGCGCGCAGUGGGCGAGCAUCUACGAGGUCGAGCCCUCCUUUGACCUCGAGAUGCACUCCUCCCGCGUGACGGGCGCGUCGUGGGCGCCGGCCAACCAGCCCAAGUCGCCUUGCCCGACGCUCGUCGUCGCGAACAACGCCAAGGAGGACGCCAAGCGGACCCUCGAGGGGCUCGAGGAGGACGGCAAGGGCGGCUUCAAGGUCCGCGCCGCGGUGAUCGGAGGCACUGGCACCGUCGUGGACGCUGUCGUGGGCAAUACACUCGGCCGCGUGGGGAAGCUGGCGCAGGAGGCGGUGCUUGGGGCGGUGCCUGUCGAGGCGAUCGAGGGCUCCUUCCAGGAGACCAAGGAGAGGGGCGCCGCCGAGGCAGGGGCUGCCGCUGGGGCCGCCACGCUGGACGAGCUCGGGCAAAAGAUCGAGGACACGCUGCUCGCUGGCGAGCUGCAGGCCCGCGCGGAGCUCGCGAGUAAAAGGGGCCCAUGA